AUGGUAGUUGGCUUCUUUUGCCUUCAAAAGUGUCGCUUGUGGGCAUUGGUAGCACAAAGACUCGUCAACUUAGCUUUGAAAUGCGACUUUGAGGAGCUGUCAACAUUGCUCGGACACUGGCCAAUCCAUCAAACUGGGCAGUUUGUGUCUUGUGGAUUCCUUCUAUCUCAAACCACUGAAUUUGCAUCCAAUUUUCCUCUACUUUGGCAUCCUAUCAAUUCCCAAAUCGACAAGCUCAAGAGCUGGGUUGCGAUCAAGAAACCUUCCAUAGGCCUCCCCUCGACUUUCGUGGGGGUGUGCGCUUACAUCUGGAGCUGCCUAAACAAGUGCGGCGGGGAAAGCGACGAUGAGAUCCAAUACCUUGGCUCUCCCGUCAAUUGCCGGCAGCGGCUCAAUCCGCCACUUCCGGAGAAUUACUUCGGCAACUGCUUGAUCCAAUUCAUUGCGGUUUCCACCCAUGGAAGGCUAAAAGGGGAUGAUGGAUUUAUAGCUGGUGCAGGGAUAGUUGCGGAUGCUCUUAAGAUUGCUUUGAAAAGCACAAGAGUGAGGGAGUUCUUCGAGAAUCGAGCACAAAUAUUCUCAGAAAUGAAGGGGAAGAGGGUGAUUAGAGUUGUAGGAUCAUCAAAACUUGAUCAAUGUGAUGCAGAUUAUGGAUGGGGGAGAGCAGUUAAGUAUGAAUGCAUUCAUACCGACUUUUAUGAAGCAGUUCAUGUCUGUAAACACAUACAAGGAGGUAUCGAGUUGGGCCUCUCAAUUCCUAAGGCUACCAUGGAUAUCUUUGCAGAUGUGUUUACCAAAUACCUAUACAUCCAUAGCAAAUUGUAA